AGUCGCAGAACAAUUGCCUAGGCAGCUUUAAGUCGUUUCUUCGAUAAAUUAAGUGGUAUUUCGGUCGUAUAUUUUCGUUCGGGAGCUCAGCGCCGUAAGUUUACUACCGUAGAAACGUCGGAGGAAGGAAACGCCGAAACAUCGCAACAACCUCAGCAAUUUAAUUUACCACGUCAUGGAAGAAAGCAGUAACGAGCUAGUGGCGUCUACGCCGGAUCAGCGCAACUGGCGCGGUGUUCUGAUCGCGCUUGUGGUGAUCGGCUUAGUAAUCGGGCUGAUCGUGUGCUCGGUCAUCCUUCUCUCCCCGCCUGACCGGGGGCCAAACUUCACAGGAGAUCGCUUCACCCUGCAAGAUAUCGUCAGUAACAAGUUCCGGGCACCACAAUUUGAAGCGCACUGGAUUACACCGAGUGACGUGGCCUACAGAGACGAAGACAACGGAGUUUCCGUGCUGGACGUCAACAAUUUCACCGUCACCAAACUCAUCUCCCACCUCACUUUUCGGAGGCUGACAGUGCACGAGUUUCGCGUGUCUCCUGAUAAGAAGUACGUCCUCCUCCGACACGAUGGCUACAAGAGUUACAACCAUAUUCACCUGGCGAAAUAUACCGCGAUGGAGUCCGGCACUGAACACGUGGAAUCAAUAUCCCCGUCGCCGCUGGACGAUACGCACCCUCCGCUCCAACACGUCACGUGGGUUGGCCCUACCACGUCACUGCUGCUCGUCUAUAAAAAUAACCUCUAUUUUAAAAGCAGUCCUACGUCACCCGUGGUGAUCAGACUCACGUCGUCGGGUGAUGAUUCACCCGAGGGGCCCGUUUAUAACGGAAUAACCGACUACCUUUAUUUCAAGUACGUGUUCAAGUCGAGGUCAGCUCUCUGGGUCAACAGCGAAGGUUCGAUGCUCUGCUACGCUCAGUUCAACGACUCCAGCGUCUCUUCCGUGCCCAUUUUGUCGUACAGGGGAGAAGACAUGUCGUUGCUUCAACUUAAAUACCCUUUGCAUUUCUUAUUGCUUCAACUUAAAUACCCUUUGGUUGACGCGACGAACCCCAAAGUCACGCUAUUCGUAGUCGAGCUGAGAAGAGGCAACGCAUCCAAUCCUCCUGAGAGCGUGGAGCUGAAGCCGCCAGCCAGAAUACAUGCACACGACCACUACCUGACAGAUGUGAAGUGGGUGGACUUAUCCACAGUGUCGGUGGUGUGGCGGAACCGACAGCAGAACGUCAGCGUCACGAGCAUCUGUUCUCCUCCAAUGUGGUACUGCGAAGAGUUGACAGUUGAAGAGAGUGACGCCCAGAGGUGGGUGGUCGGGCGGGCGGCGCCGGUGUUCGGUAUCAACGUAAGCCACUACGUUACACUGAGUCCCUUAUUUGAUGCCGAGAUGGGAUCGUUCCCUCACAUACACCAGGGAGGGCGUAACUCCAAGCACAAGACUCCCCUCACCCACGGACCGUACACGGUCUUCAGGGUGCUAGCCUGGGACGUCCACAGGCACUUUCACAAGACUCCCCUCACCCACGGACCGUACACGGUCUUCAGGGUGCUAGCCUGGGACGUCCACAGGCACUUUGUUUAUUACGAAGCCAACGACUUGGAUGCGCCGUCGGAGCGACAUCUGUGGCGAGUGACAGACAUGCAGGCUGCGGUGCCACGGAUGCAAGAAUGCCUCACAUGUCCCCUGACCAACACCUCGACCAGAUCUUGUCGUCACUACACUCCUGUUUUCCAUCGCAGCAACAUCGAACUCGUGAUGCUAUACUGUGAAGGUCCCUCAGUGCCACACACGCUGCUCUACUCCCUGCUGGACGAGGAAGUGAUAUACACCAUACAAAACAACUCACACCUUCUUAACCUGAGCAACAGUAUGGCGUGGCCGCAAAUACGGGACUUUAGGAUACGACUUGACAACGGCUUUACGGCGACCGUUAGAAUGACGAUACCGCCCGAGAUCGUGGAGGAGAAGUCGGUGUUGGGGCACACCACCAUCGUCAGGGUGACGGGCGUCACGGGCGAGCAAACUGUCAACCACAAAUGGGGUGCUUCACUGGACACCUACUUUGUCAGCAACAGAUCGUGGGUAGUGCUGCAGAUGGACGUGAGAGGCGCUGGUGGCCAGGAGCUCGCCGAGUACUACCAGCCCGCCUGGUCACUAGGCACGGCCGAGGCGCACGACUACACUGCUCUUAUCAAGUACCUUGGCGAGACGCUGGACCUGGUGGAUGCUGACCGGGUGGGGGCGUGGGGGUGGGGGGCGCACGAGGGUUACAACACCCUACGGCUGCUACAGGAGGACGGAGACGGUCUCCUUAAAUGCGUCGCUGCCAUCGGUCCUGUCACAGACUGGGCCUCCUACGUUGACGCUAUCGUCUAG